UGGGGGAAGCGCGAUGUUACGACCGAUUUAUUUUUAUUUUAAUAGCUACCACCGCUUUCCUCGUUUCCGGAAUUGCGUCCACGGACACAGAUGAAGGAAACGAGGAGCAAAGAGGUGCCUCCUGGCAUGAAAUCAGCAAAGACCACUCGAUGCAAAUCCUGUAUAUAAACAGUGCCGGCUUCGUUGCCAAUUUAUUUUGGAAAAAUAUGGCGGGUGAAGAACAUGCGGCAAUGUUGACCGACGACCAAUUCGCUAAUGGAACGGUGUUGAUUGAUCUGCCCUUUGAAUUUCUACUCUUUGACCUCAAUGUCACCCGCGUAGCAGUGACGAAAGAAGGGACAAUUCAAUCAGAAGAUCCUACCGACAAAUGGGUCAUCGCUCCCUUAGAGGCCAGUUUCGGAAUGACCCGCAGCAAUAUUUCCUACCUCUUUGACGAAAAUAGCUUGUACGUCCAGUGGAACAACUUUCGAUUCAACCACGACAAAUUUGGAGACCAAGAGUUCAGCUUUCAAGUCAGACUAGGCGUCAGAGGAGAAAUCGAUUUCGUUUACAGGAGAGUGCCCUACAACUUGACUCAUUUGCGGGACAAAUGUGACAACUGCCUCGGAGACAAAUUUGGAGUCAUGUUUCCUCGUCACGAAUUAUUUAAAGUUGCCCCCUAUAAGGAAACUUACGAGCUUGGGUUUCCUAUGGAUUUCAAAAAAUACGAAGUCAAGAAAGGGAUUGUAAUGAGAUUUUUCACGGCUGACUGGUGCAUGGGGCAAACGAACUGCUAUGACUGCACCGAAACUGAAUUUGAGCUCAGCCAGAUUGAGACUGCCCGAUGCUCGUGGUGCCCAGCAAUCCAAAAGUGUUCCAGCACGAGGGACAGCUUGCGGAACGUGUGGAUGGAGAACAAAUGCGAUGUGUACCACGUGAAUGAGUCGGAAUCCUGCAAAAACACCGACAAAGAUAUUCUCUCGUUCGAUUUUUACCCGGCUGUUGGCGCACAUCUGGGUAUUGCAGUAAUAGUCUUCGUAGUCCUUGUAUUGUUCAAAGAUAAAAUUGUCUCAGUGUGUUAUACAAAACCGUCGAAAUUGCUUCGAAAUUGCAUCCAUUCCAAGAAUCAGCCAAAUCUGAACAAUGGCCGGGAAGACGGGCACGGAAUCACCAACCCGAUGAGACCCACAGAGACCGUUGUGUAAAUAUAUUGAAGUUGGCCUGCUGGGCAGGGCAAAAGAAGCAGGAAAUCAAUGUAAAUUGAAAAGCCCUUUUUCCAGGGCUUGUAAAAAUUCAAGUAAAUUUUAAAGUAAUUU